GAAAGUUUGAUUAAAAGAAUUACGGUCGUAUUUUAUUUCCCGACUUGUGGUUAAUAAACGCAUAAUAGAAAAUCAGAUGAAGACUCGUUUUUCUUUUUUUGAUUUCCAAUUUCCAAACGAGAAACGGGAGACAACUCGUUUCCCGUUUUUUGUUUACCUACUUCAAAACGAAUAACGAAUGGCUGCAAAGUACACGGACCUGACAUGGGGUGCUACUCCACUCUGAGUUGAAGUUUUUUCAACCGCAAGCACCCAUCAUUGUAAGUUGACUGCACGCCUCUGCAGACAGACUCUGUCCUGACAAAGGCCAACGGGCUUAAACGCGUUGGCAAACUCUACCUCUUUACUUUCCUGCUUUUCUUUCCUCAAGAGUGUCGCCUGGGAUUCGCCAACAGACCACAACAUUACACUGCAGGAUGGACCUGUCCAGUAGGCUGGCAGUGUGGCAGCAGCUGGCUGAGAGCUGUGGUGUCAGUACAGUCCAGCAGGGCCUGCAGCAGGUCUGGAGGCUGCUGCUGCUUUGCCUCAUCUGCAGACUCUGUUUCAGACUGGGAGGUGUGUCCACUGUGAAACAUGUCGUGUCAGUGUUGGCCGGGAUGUAUGGCCUCUUCCUGUUCUUUGAGCUGCACAUGCUGUGGGUGCUGUUACUCAGUGUGCUCUGUUACCUCGUUCUGCUCCUCAGCCGACACUCCAGCAGCAGAGGCCUCUUCCUCUCGAUCGUCAUCCUCAUCUACCUCCUCAUUGGAGAGUUGCAUUUAAUUGACAUGGUGACCUGGCAUAAGAUAAGAGGCUCUCAGAUGGUGGUGGCCAUGAAGGUCAUCUCUCUGGCCUUCGACCUUGACAGAGGAACAGUGGGCAGCCUGCCCUCCCCAGCUGAGUUCCUGGGCUAUGUUCACUUUGUGGGCACUGUUGUCUUUGGCCCUUGGAUCAGCUUUUCCAGUUAUAAAAACGUCAUUGAGGGCAAAAAAAUGAGCUGGUUGUGGCUGUAUAGUUCCUCCCUCAGCCUGUUGAAGAGCCAGAUUUGUCUGCUGGUCUCCACCUGCAUUGCCCCUUACCUCUUCCCUUUGUUAAUCCCCAUCCAUGGAAAUGCAUUCACACAGAAGUGGCUACAUGCUUAUGAGAAUGCAGUAUCCUUCCACUUCAGUAACUACUUUGUGGGCCACCUCAGUGAAGGUACCAGCAUGCUGGCCGGAGCAGGCUUCACUGAAGAAAAAGACAAUAUCAGAUGGGAUAUGAGUGUGGUGAAACCUCUCAGUGUGGAAUUACCUCGCUCCAUGGUGCUGGUAGUGACGUCCUGGAACAUCCCCAUGUCCCGAUGGCUAAAAACCUAUGUCUUUAAAAAUGCCAUGAAACUGGGGACUUUUUCAGCCAUCGUGGUGACAUACACAGCCAGCGCCUUACUGCAUGGUCUGAGCUUUCACCUGGGAGCUGUUCUGCUCUCUUUGGGCUUCAUCACAUAUGUUGAACAUGUUCUGAGAAAGAAGCUUGCAUCCAUCUUCAGUGCCUGUAUCAUGUCCAGGCCCUGCACCUCUGAGUGCAGCCAUCAGCACAAGAAGGAGUAUUGGGUGAUGUUGCUGAACCUGGUUUUCAGCCUCCUGACCAUCUUCCACCUCACCUAUCUGGGGUCCAUGUUUGAUCCUGGGGUUGAUGAACAGGAAGUAGAAGAGGGUUACACAGCCAUCCACACCAUCCAGAGGUGGUCUGAACUGAACUGGGCAAGUCACUGGGUUGUGUUCACCUGCUGGGUCUUCUUCCGUUUAAUUCAGUGACGUCGAAGCAGAUAGGAAGGCUGGCAGACUUUAAAAAUACUUUAUGUAAUGCUAUGGGUUCGUAAUGUCAGGAUGUUGUCAUCUGAUGGCAACAAAAGGACAACAAUCUGCUGAAGAGGAGAGGACUGUGGGACAGGUGGAGAACUGAGUCUAUAAAUACCUACAGUAUACUGUCUGAGCCCAGGCUGUGGGAUUGUUAUCGAAAUGAACUGCAGAAAAGGAUCCAAUGAUUUGACUGCACUGACAAUAUGACUGGAAGAAAAAAAUAACAUUCUGUGUAAGAUCUAAUGGACCCUGAAAAGGCAUUCAUUUACUGUGACCUGUUUACAGCUGUGUGAAGGCAGGCCAGGUUAACUCUAUCUGGACACAACUACCCUGUACAAUUAGUCCUGAUGGAAUGUCCAGGUCCAAAACAUUUCAACUGUUUAGCAUGCUCAGAUACAUUUAGAUUUUUUUUAAGGGUCCAUAACUGUUGUUGUUCAUAUGUUCCUCUGUUACAAUGGAAUCUUUCUUACUGGUGCUUCUGUGUUUUUUGUAUUUUUUUCCCCUCUCAAAUAUUUCAGUAAAUAUAAACAAGCUCCUGGUAUUUAGGUUGAAGAGAAAAGAAGAAAAAGGUGUACGCAGAGAUGGUAUGAUUUAAGGAGGAUGAUGAAUCCAUACUCGAAUAGGGACACCAAGUUCGACUGGAUAACUAGAGGAGUGAACACUCUUAGUCUGCUGAUUAGCAGGAGUAGUGAGAGUGGGAUGGAGAGAAAUGUGAAAGGAUGAGCACAGAGAAAGUCUUCCUGAUUGAACUUAGGCUGAGUCUAAUUUUUAUGGUAAAAGAAUAUUUAUCAACGUGAACAUAUGAAUAUAAAUAAAAAUGUGGAAAUUCUUUGGCGAUUAGACCCUGUAGAGAUGAUAUGAUUUAAUGAGGAUGAUGAAUCCAAAGUCGAAUAGGGAACCCCCCCAAAAGAAGAGUAAAAAGGGAGAGGGACAACCGAUCAUUUGACAUGAGGUGAUCUUUACCUUACCAGCAGACAAUAGGCUUCUAAUAAACAAGUAAAGAGAAAAUUAAGGGGAGAUGCGUAGCUAGAGAAACAUGCAUAAAGCAAAACAUGAAAGACUAUGGAAUGGAUAUGUGCAUAGUUAAGUAUAUGACAGAAAUAAGUCCUGAAUGAGACAGUACAACUCUGAUAAGAAAUGUGUGGUAGGAAUAUGUCUGGAAUGACAGCUAGGGAGCCACCAACUAGUAGAUGAUAGAUGUGAAAUAGGUGUUGAAAAGGAAAGCAGUGAGGAAACGUGUUGAGGUCUAACCACCAAAUAAUAUACAAGCCAGAGAUAAAGUAAGCUGAGACAACAGAAAUAAUUGUGAAAUGCCAGAAAGGAAGGCAGGAAGGUAUAUGGUUCUGCAGACUGUGGGUGUCUACAUGUUGAAGGUCAACGCAGACCAACUGAAAUGAAAGGUCAUAAGACCAAACAGAAAUUAAGGUCAGAAGACCAACUUAAAUAAAAUGUUAAAAACAAACAAACAAAAAAAAACCAUUCAGGUCCGGCGACCAAACAUGAAUUAAAGUCAGCAAUUUUCAGUAUGAGAGCAACAGAAAUUAAGGGCCUGAUGACCAAACUGAAAAUACCGUGACUGGUGUGAGGUCCUAGUGACCUGGACCUAUAUGUAGAACAUGAAAAUAAAAUAAGGUCGACGACCAAACAGAAAAUACUGUGUAUGAGCAUGAGGUCCAGUAGACCUUGGCUGCACAGGCUGGGGUCCCAAAGACCAUGUGUAGAACAAUAUAAAAGGUCAGAGAAGACCAACUGAAAUAAAAGGUCAUAGACUGAACAGAAACUAAGGUCAGAAGACCAACUUACAUAAAAUGGUGAAAGCAAAAUAAGGUCUGAUGACCAAAUGGAACCAUUUGCACUCCACUCCCAUUUUGUAGCAAAAACGCCAAAAUGACAUCCAAAUUUAAAAUGACUGUAGCUUCUGAACUGCUGUGACUACAUGCAUGAUGUCUUGCCAGAAAGAAGACUCCCUGAAGAUUCUUUUGAAAGUAUCAGAAGCACUCUAGGUGAUGAAGAGACAGAGUAAUGGGCCUUUGAAUUCAGUAAAAAAUUGAAGAUUUUGGUCCGCCUAACAUAAAAAAUGUUUUUUUCAGGAUGAGUAACUGUCUAUGGCUUCAUCUGUGGAGGUAAAUGACAGUAUGGGGCUGUAGGCGCACAAUCAAUGAACACUUGUUUCAAAUUUGAAGAAGAAAGCACAAAGUAUGACCAUUGUACAGUGUUUUUUCCAUGAAAAGAUCCAAGCAGAGCUCCAAAAGACAAGUUGGUCUCUUGGCUUCAAAACAGUACUGUCAGUGAUCAAACAACACUCAGCCAGCUUCUAACAUUGUACCAUAUUGAAAUCAGGUGUAAUUGAAACAGCUGAUGUCGUUUUUGACACAGAAACACCAUAAAACAUCAGAAUAAAGCCACAUGAAAUGUGAAAGUUAUCAUCCCACUAUCUACCUUUUAUAAAACAGCUGCUCAUAAGAUAAAUGAGUACAGCAGAACAGGUCCCAAGACCAGCAGAUAAUAAAUCAGCAAGAUAGAAAUUGUGACAAGAAAACCAAGAGGAAAUAAUCAUGUGUGAUGCAUGAUUGUGGAUUAUAAAGUUAUAAAGGUUCACUGAUUGCAGAGGCUCUCCUCAGCUCCCACAUAUAAUUACUUAAAUUUUAUUCAUGACCUGAUUUAAGACAACAGCAUAUAUAUGUAUAUAUAUAUAUAUAUGUAUAUAUAUAUAUACGUAAAUCUUGAAAACUGUUUCUUUUUCUUUUUUUUUUGAGAAAGAGCUGCUAAGGAGAACAGUUUUGCUGUUUAUUUAAGUGUACUCUUCUUUGACAAAGAACACUGACCUGCAGCACCUGUGAACAAAUAGUACACGCGCAAAAGCCAGCAACCAUUUAUGAGAGAUCGUCCUCAAGGAGAUCUCCUUGGCACUCGACAAUAAGUUGACUCCUAUUAAUAAGCUCAUAUCAGAUCAUGAAGCGAAAAUUAAUAGUCUUGAGGAAUUCACCAAUAAUGCAGAGUAUUUCAACAGCUGGAGGCUACUCAGGAUGCAUCGAAGACCUGUUUUUAACCUUUCUAUGUUGCUGCACAAUGCUUUCUGUAAACAACUUAAAAUGGAAUUAAAGAGUUUAUCUCUAUAAACAGAGACUCUGUUGAUGAUAGGUGGAUUGUGUGGGAUGCAUUAUAUUUGGAAUUUUACAACAUCUAAUGCUUCAGGAGUUAAUAAAGGUAGACUGAGAAAAAUCCAAAAAUUAGAACACAAAAUAUCUGUUAUGGAACUGUCUCAGCAAAAGCAGUUUUCUGACACGUGCAAUAUCAUUACUUAAACUUAAAUCAGAAUUUAAAACAGUACUUUCACAAAAGGCAGAAUUCGAAAUUAACAAAUCAAGAGUUCACCACUGAAGAGUAAAUGGUAAUAGACCAAGCUGCCUGCUUGCAAGCAAACUGACCUCUAAUGAUAACUCAGCAGACAUAGCAACAAUACUGUCAGAGACAGAUGAUCUGCUUUCAGACCCUGACCUUAUAAAUCAGACAUUUGUUCGCUAUUAUAAAAAUGUAUAUGCUUCAGAGAGCAAGGCAAAAGCCAUAUAGAGUCAUUUUUAGUGAAAUUGAAGCUACCCUCUCUCUUAUUAGAAGAGGCUCAGGCUCUGGAUGCUCCUCUAUCCUUAACUGAAAUCCAAACUGCUUUAAAUACUAUGAAGAAGGGUAAAUCACCUGGCCUGAAUGGCAUACCUCCAGAAGUAUAUUCGACAUUUUGGUGUGUUUUAGGUCCACCAUUACUUGCAAUGAUAAACACAGCAUUAGAAGUAGGAGCAUUUGGGAGAGAUGCCAAUACUGCUUUAAUAUUAUUAUUACUCAAAAAGGAUAAAGAUCCUACCCAAUGCUCUCUUUAUCGCCCCAAUUCGUUAAUAAAUUCAGAUAUUAAACUGUUUUCCAAAGUAUUAGCAUCCUGGUUAGAAAUAGUGCUACCAAAACUAGUUCAUCCAGAUCAGAGCAGUUUUGUGAAGAGAUACCUAUCCUCUGCUGCUUCAUAUUUUAAAUACUUCAUCUAAUGUUCCCUCUUGAACGGUUUUAUCAGUUGACGCAGAAAAAGCGUUUGACAGCCUAGAAUGGCCCUAUCUGUGGAUAGUGUUAAAAAUGGGAUUUAAUUCAAACUUCAUCACAAUGAUAAAAACACCUUAUGCCAAUCCAUCAGCAGCUGUAAUUACAGGUAAUAUCUGUUCUACUCCCUUUAAAAUUACAAGGAGCAGUAGGCAGGGGGACCCACUCAGCCCUUUGAUUGUUAUUCUUUCAUUAGAACCGGUGUCUCAGGCCAUUAGAUAAUCAACACUGAUAAAACCAAUAAGUUGCAGUUCAACAGAUCGCUCUCUAGCCUUGUAUGCAGAUGACAUACUUUUAUUUUUUGAGGAUGUUACACACUCCCUCCCAUAUAUUCUAAGUAUUAUAGUAGAUUUCAGUCAUAUUUCCAGCGACAAAGUAAAUUGGAAUAACUCAUCUCUUCUCCUUCUUAAUUUAACUGACAGUUGGCAGAUAAAGUGUCAGAUUGGACAGAUGCAAAAUAAGUCAGUUCAGAGCUGGAUGUUGCUUAAGCCAAACCGCUGUUGUACAGUCUGAUGGCGGUGGGCACAAAAGAAUGUCAGAAUUGUUCAGUUCUGCUCCUGGGUGGGAUAAUCUGCUCGUUGUGCAGAGGGUGAGAAGAAUUGUCUAGGAUUGCACAGAUUUUGUUUUUCACCCUCCUCUCAGCCACUGUCUCCAGACUGUCCAGGUCUAGUCCCACCGUAGAGCGGGCUUUCCUCACAAGCUUGUUGAGCCUGUUGACGUCACCAGUCUUAACUCCACCCCACCAGCACACUACAGCAAAGAAGUAGAAGUAGCAGAGAGUAGUGACCAGAAGUCAGCGUCCACAGCUUUGAGAAAAUGGGCUGAUGAUGUUGCAGUGAUCGACCUAUGGCGUGUUUUUAAUCCAUCGGUCAAAGAUUUUUCGGUUUUUUCAUCCAGACACCAUUCUUUUUCUAAAAUAGAUUUUAUUUUCGCCUCGAAAAAACUUCUUGAUAACGUCCGUAUUGACAUGAUUCCUCUUGUUCUCUCGGAUCAUAAAGCUGUAAUUUGUAGGGCUAAUUUGACACAAAUAAACCGUGCACCUCGUUGGCACUUUAACACUUCCCUUUUACAGGACCUCAAUUUUAUAAACCAAUUUCAAUCCGCUUUAGCUGAAUUUAUCUCAUUUAAUGAACAUUCUGUAGACAAUCUUAGAGUUUUAUGGGAUGCAGUGAAAGGUUUUAUUAGAAGUAACUGUACUGCAUUUGCAUCCAAUUUAAAUAAAACUCGAUAUAGCAGGAUUUAUGAACUAGAACAAAAUCUUCUGCAUCUUGAAGAAAUUAUGCACUCUAAUGUGACUCCGGAUUUGUUGGUGCAACGGAAUUCAAUAAGAAAUGAGCUGAAUUUCUUGCUCAGGCAGCGUGCAGAGUUUCUUACUUAUCGUUCACAUCAGAAUCACUACUUUGAAGGUGCACGUCCUAGUAGAUCACUUGCCUUGAGCCUCCGGGCCCGCGAGAACUUUGCAAAUAUUUCUUCUAUUAGAACACCACAAGGAGAAUUAGUGUCUGAUCCUGUACAAAUUAAUUCCACUUUUCGCAUGUUUUUUUUCAAAGUUAUAUAGCUCUGAGGUUGCACAUGAUUCUUCCAAAUCGGAUAUAUUUUUUUAGUAACCUUCAUCUACCUAAGUUAUUGCCCAGUGACGUCUUGUCCCUUGAGAAACCUAUAACACUGGAUGAAUAAGAAGCUGCAUUACGUAGCAUGAACAAAGAUAAAUCACCAGGUUUUGAUGGGAUUCCCCCUGAAUUUUUAUUAACUUUAUUUUUUAUUAUCUUUCUUGUGUUAGCCCUUUGACCAGAGCCUUUUAUGCAUAAGCUCAUAAACCCUGAUCAAAGCGGAGAAUAAACCAGAUGAGGAGUACAUGUCACUCGCCCAGGUUAAAGGGGCUGCUCCAUCAGCAAAAGGAUAUGUUCUCAACACUGCUUCGACAACGACAAGACAAUUUCAAAAGUUUUAUCAAGAUCAUUAUGGACUCAACAACUACCAGACUGGAUGCUUUAUCAAGAGAGUUGCAAGACAAGCUUGCAAUUUACACAGAAAGACGUUGAUGAAAUCAAAACCAUUACCACUAAACAGUCCGAACUCUACAACUCAGUGCAUUCAGAUGUGUUUAAAGUCUGUGAAAGUCUGCUGGCUACUGAAGAUAAACCGGAGUAUCUGGAGGGACAAUCCAGAAGAAGCAACUUGGUGAUUGAUGGGAUCAAGGAAUCACCCGGGGAAACCUGGGCUGAGACAGAGGAGAAAAUCAAGAGGGUCCUAGCCGAAAAGCUACAACUUCGGCAAGAGAUCGAGAUGGAGAGAGCCCAUCGCUCAUGGAAACCUGGAGGCGAUAGCCCGAGGCCCAUUAUUGUUAAGUUCCUCAGGUACAAGGACAGAACACCCAUUCUGCAACACACCAAAUCUCUUGAAGGAACCAAAAUCUACAUUAACGAGGACUACACUGAUUCAGUAAGAAGAAAGAGGAAGGAGCUGUUGCCAGAGUUGAGAGCUGCCAGAGCCAGAGGAGAUAUUACCUAUCUGCGACAUGACAAACUGAUUAUUCAUCCCCGUACCAGUACACUAAAAACCACCUAGAAACAUUAAUCUCCUACCACUGUAUGCUGAACCAUAAAACUCUCAUAUGACUAUAUAUAAGUUGUCUCUGGUAAGAAAAACCACCAUGGAGGAACGCCACACAGGUAAAAGCUCAAAAAAGAGAAUGUAGAAAAGCAGAACACAGGUGGCAAAAAAACAAACUCCAGGUUCAUUAUCACAUCUAUAAGGAAAGUCUGCACAUCUAUAACUUGGAGCUAAAAAGGGCGCGGCAGUCCUUUUUUUCUGAGAUUAUCAACAAAAAUAACAACAAUGCACGGACUUUAUUUACUGUUGUUGACAGACUGAUGUUGGGGUCAACACAUUAGGCUUCACACGGCGGCACCAAAUAUGUUGGGGUUUAAUUGGCUAUCGGGAAUAAUUAAUAAUUAUUAUUAAUAAUUAAUAAUUAUGUUAAAUAAUGUGACUUAAUUAACAUUAAAUCACCUCAUGGGGCACCAUUCCCGUAAAGGGAAAAAUGAUAGCCAGUUAAAGAUAUGUCUCAUGAAAUAGGCUAAACUAUUAAUUUGGAGCUUGAUUAAUAAUUAAAUUAAUGACAACAACCAAAAUCAACUGAAGGAUUUCGGAGUUCUUGACGCAGCAGAGGUUGACUAUUCAUCUACUCUUGUGCAACGUUAAACAGACAGCAGGUAUGAUUCCAAAGAAUUAUAUUUAGUCACAAAUUAGCAAAGCAAACCAAAACACACAAAUUCUAGCUAACUAUAUACAAGCUUGGUGUGUAUGUGUGUGUGUGUGUGUGUGUGUGAGAGAGAGAGAGAGAGAGAGAGAAAGAAGAGAAAGACAAAGGCAGGUGUGGUGAUCAAGGAGCCAUUUGGCCUACAAAAUAAAAUGGCCGAAUCAAGGCUUGCUUCAGGGGGAGGUGUUUGUCUGACCAUGUGGUCAGGACAAAGACAAAGGAAAAGAAGCGGGAACUGUUACCCCCUUUCCACCAAAGCAGUUCCAGUGCUGGUUCGGGGUCAGUGCUGGUGCUGGUUCUCAGUUGAACUUGCAAGCCAGCUGAGAACCAAUUUGCUUUUCCACGGCUCAAGGUGGUUAGGGUGCCACAUCAUUGCGUCACUGUAUACGUCAGUUACGUUGAACAACAACAACAACAACAACAACGGCGGACCACCUAGUUGUGCAGUGCACGGUCGGUUGUGGAAAUGGCUUUUGGGAGAUUGAAAGGGCGGUGGAGGUGCCUCCUAAAAACCUGCCAUUCAAAUGUUUUUUAUAUUUAGUUCUGGUUGUGUGUGCUGCACAUGAUACGGCUGCUUCUCUCCAUUGUUUUUGCUGUUUUGUUGCUGCUUACCUGACUCCUUUUACCUGUGUUUGCUGGACUACUUUAUGUCACCAAUAUUGUUUCA